UUGCCUCAGUGGAUCUUACGAUGUUGAGCUGCUGACCUGGAAACUGAAAACGUGAUUGUCGAUAGCCGUAUCCGCAUCCCGUAUUUUAGCGGCUGAAUUGAAUCGCUUCGAAUCUAUGAUGUUGAUCUCAAGAUUCUUUGACAAAUACAGUACGUAUCUCGAAAUAUAAAGACUUGAACAUUAAAUAGAUCCAUUGUCUCCUGCUGUUGUUCUCGCCUCUUUGCCCCUUCCCAUUACCCCGUGUAGCUUCCCCAACUUUUCGACAAAAGUACCACUUUCCAUUCGCUGGUGGUUCCACAACAUUAACUCCUCACUGUGUUACAAAUCGACCCAACCAAUCAGACAAUUCCCCAAACCCUACCUAGGUGUCAUUCAGAACUUACAUGUAGCUACCCCAGCAACGACUUCACAAUUCAGCUAAAGGUACGUCGCACAGCCUCUGAUUAACGUGACAUCAUCCCUCCCAUUUCCUUUUACAGACGAAUCAAUAAAAAAACCUAAUACACAUCUCAAACCACCUAGACCAUCUAGUCUAAUACAUACAUAUGUAUGUAUUCUCCGCCUGAUUCGUAUCGUCUUGUUUCUUCUUUCUCCAACUCUCAAACUUGAACUCAUCCUUAAUCGCAUUAUCGUUUUUUAACAUCUGGGAAUAGUGAUACGUCUUCUCGAGAAGACUUAAUUCGACUACCUAAUCUAACUCAUAUCUCGAAUCCUAGAGUGCUAUCAUCAUGUCCGAUCCUUCUAGGAACAAGGCCGUCGACCAGUCCAAUGGAUCUAGCUCUAGUCAAGCUGCUUUCAGACCGCAGCCGAACAUGACUGUUGAGCGUCCCAAGCAGGAGGAUCUCCAGGCGAGCUAUGCGUCUAUCGUCGGAAACGAUGCCAACCCAAAGGGCUGGUAUGGAAGCAUGAUUAACGCUUUCGGUUCUUGUAUGGGUACACUUGGAGCCAUCCCUUGCGUCAUCUGCUGCCCCAAUCCCUAUAAGCAAGUGCACCAGGGCAAUGUAGGACUUGUUACAAAAUUCGGCAAGUUCUAUAAGGCCGUCGACCCCGGUUUAGUCAAGAUCAACCCUCUUUCUGAGCGACUUGUCCAAGUCGAUGUCAAGAUCCAGAUUGUCGAGGUCCCUAGACAAGUUUGUAUGACCAAGGACAAUGUCACGGUUGACUUAACAUCUGUUAUCUACUAUCACAUCACCUCACCGCACAAGGCCGCGUUCGGCAUCGCCAAUGUGCGACAGGCCCUUAUUGAACGCACACAGACGACCCUCCGUCAUGUUGUUGGCGCGCGUGUCCUUCAGGACGUCAUCGAGCGCCGCGAGGAGAUCGCAUCGAGCAUUCGCGAAAUCAUUGAAGAUGUCGCCGGCGGCUGGGGUGUGCAGGUCGAGUCUAUGUUGAUCAAGGAUAUCGUCUUCAGCCAAGAGCUCCAAGGGUCGCUAUCGAUGGCCGCGCAGAGCAAGCGUAUCGGAGAGAGCAAGAUCAUUGCGGCCAAGGCCGAGGUUGAGAGCGCCAAGUUGAUGCGCCAGGCCGCCGACAUCCUAUCAUCCGCACCGGCCAUGCAGAUCAGAUACUUGGAGGCGAUGCAGGCUAUGGCCAAGUCAGCCAACUCCAAGGUUAUCUUUCUGCCCGCCCACAACCAGACUAUGAGUGGCCUCAAUGAAGCUAUCCAAUCAGGCAAGCCGUACGAAAUCGGCGAGUCGAGUGGGUCUCAAGCCGGCGAUUCAGGCUUUAACCAGGCAGUGAAUGCCCAUGUCAUCGAGAAUAUCUAAGGGAAUAAUCUCUCUCUAGUUUCGAUGUUACCUUGACUGUCAAGGUUGCAACUUGUACUUUUACGUGUUGACUUUGGUUGGAACAUGACCGCAAUGACGGAUAUGACCCGGUUGGACAAACGCGGAGAUGAAAAAGCUGUGCUGGUUUCGAACCAAGCAAAGGCCACAAUACUUGAAAAUAACGAAAAUACGUGUCUGGUAUUAAUCAGAGGUCCGUGAGAUGGAACUGGCUGGGCGAGGCAGGGCGUAAUUCGAUACCCGUUAAGGAUACCCAAGAUCAUUCGCUUGAUACCGCAAUUCUGUUUCUAUGGUCUCAUACCCACAAACCUCGAGAUAUUUUUUACUGGGAUUGGGGAUUAAUAGGUAGUUUAAUGUUGAGAUGAAUUUUCCUGAG